AUGAUUCCAGUCGGAGUUGCAGUGGCUCUCAUCGUUCUCAAUGUCCAAUCUCGGUUCCUGGGUUCCAAUAGCGAAUGGUCCAAUCUGUUUCAAUUCAUUGCCAAGUUGCACGAAAUAUUGAUGCAGAUCUCGAUCGCGACUGCGAUGCUGGGCUAUCAACAAUACCUGCUCACUCGGUCCAACUCUGCACUGCCGUUUGGUGCCAUAUUCUCUGCAUAUAACGCGACACAGGUGGGUUAUCUGUGGUCGGCCGAGUUCCGAGCCAGUUUGACGGCUCAGUUCCCACUGCUUCUCAAGACUGGGUUCUUGUUUUUUGUUCCUGCAAGUAUCCUACUUGCUUCUGCUGUCGGGCCUGCGAGCGCUAUUGCAAUGUUGCCUAGACUCGUCAAUUUUACCAUACCAGACAACCAAAUAGGACUGGAUCACACUUACAGUGAUCUCUUUCCGACGGCUUUUAAUCAACCUGGUGGGCUAUUAGAAAACAAUAUUCAGAAACAAAACGCACAAUCCCCUGCCAUUGGCUGGGAAUAUCUUCGAAACCUUCCCAGCGUGGGACAGGAUCAGCUCACGUUAGUCGGUUUGCAGAUGGCGACUGAGGACUUAGGGAAUGGAAAUGGCAGAUCUUACGACGUGAUGCCACCACUAUACACCGUCGAUGUGUUGAAUAAUAUCUGGUACACUCUUUCAUACUAUGAUAGAAUCAUAAGAACCUUAUCAGUUCAAUACGCCCCGAACAGUACCGUGGCUACUGUGCAACAGGUCCCAGUCGCAGCAGGCCUAUCCACGGCAGCUUAUAAUGCCCUCCGAGCAGUACCUGGUGAAGCCGCGAGGGGACAAGCUAGUAUUCAAAUCGCCCAUCCAUUUGUGAGCUCUAUCUGCAUGCUGAAUCCGGUUAUGAACGAGAGCGACACUCGUGCCAUCGAGUUCCCAGCAACUUUUCUCUCAACGAAUGCUACAGGGGUUGACACCAUACCUUACACUAAUAUCACUCGACAACAGCUGUGGCACCAAGUGCAGGAUCAAGGAGAAGGUCAGAUUAUCUGGGUGGACAAUGUAUCCUUUUCAACCGAGCGGACUUUAGGAGCCAUCGUUGUACAGCCGGAUUUCUGUGACAACGGCCAGAAAUAUCUCAGCAUGUCAGCAUGUGCAGUAAGUGGGCUCUGGGCCGACAUGACCGCCCAGAUCUUCGUUACGACCACGCACGAUAAGCGAGCAGAAAGCCUUAUAUCAAGGGACUAUCUGAACACGCUGCCACCGGCAGCAUCGUGGCCGGCAGUCUCUAUAUCGAAAGAAUGGGCGAAUAGCAUCACCUCCCAGAUUGCAAAUCAGAAUCGAACCGUGGCAGAUAAUCUUCUUAGGUCUCUCUUACUGACGGAGGUUGUGUGCCCAGUAAACGGUAGCUAUACCACCAACUCUACGAUGUCAGAUGCGUACCGGCCUAUGAUGCACGAAGCUAUUAUCUCCUCUCUAAUAGCAAACGGCAUGUCCUAUGCCGUAGGCAAGUUCAUAACAUCAGACACACGUCUCAAGAAUGGUGAUUUCCAAUGGAUCAAUUCAACCAACUACGGCGACGAGUCGAGGCCAGCCGGAUUCAUCAUGUCAUUCCAGUCCAGCGUUGAAGGUUAUGCCUGGAAUAUGGACGGAGUAGCCAUCAAAAUCGCCAUUCCGAUUCUUCUCAUAUACAUUCUAUAUGCAACCGGCUAUAUUGCAUACACUCUAGUCACGGGCCAUAGCACACGUGCUUGGGACACGAUGUCGAGCAUGACGGCUUUGGCGUUUAAUUCAAGACCUUCAAAGGUAUUGGAGAAUACGAGUGUGCGUAUUUCGCAGAUAGAGACAUUCCGGAAUUUGGUCAGUGUUCAGGAAGUAGAGUCAGAGCAGCGGUUGGAGCUGGUUUUUCAACAAGAUGAACAGGAUCGAGCUGGUUUACUUCGACGGGUUAGGGCUGGCAAACCAUAUUCAUAG